CAACAGUACGACUGCAAUUGUCAGCUGCUAUCAUGACCAGCAUACUGCGGGCAAAUUGUAAACAUACUUGUGCCCCAACGUUAACGGAAGCACUGCUUGCUUAAUUUCGUCCUCUAUAAACAUUUCUAGACAGCAAGAACUUGCAGUUUGCAACACCCAUACGCAAAAAUUGUUUAGGUUACCUGCAAUUUUCUAACUCGUUCUGUUAGAAUUGGGCUGAGGCCCUGUUAGGGGCCAGCUUUCAAGUAUGAACGACCAGCUAAUUGGCUUAUGCCUUGCCCUUAGUUCAUCUAUUUUCAUAGGCUCCAGCUUUAUAGUAAAGAAGAGAGGGCUGAGGAUUGCAGCUGCGCAAGGGCUACGUGCGGGGGCCGGUGGGUUCUCCUACCUGAGAGAACCAGUAUGGUGGGCUGGCAUGUUAUCGAUGGUGGUAGGGGAGGCAGCCAACUUCGCGGCGUAUGCCUUUGCGCCAGCGAUCUUGGUCACUCCUCUUGGAGCGCUCAGCAUUAUUGUCAGUGCCGUGCUGGCGCACAUAGUGCUACAGGAGAAGCUAAACAUGUUCGGUAGCCUGGGCUGCUUGCUGUGUAUAACUGGCAGCCUUACAAUCGUCCUGCACGCGCCCCCCGAACGCCACCUGGAUUCGGUCAUAGAGGUAUUCCAGCUGGCCAUGCAGCCAGCUUUCCUGGGAUAUGCGGCCUUCUCAGUGAUGGUCAUCAUCUUCCUCAUCUUCUACGUGGCGCCACAGCAUGGGACGACAAACAUCUUUGUCUACCUAGCGAUCUGCUCCCUGGCUGGCUCCCUGUCGGUCAUGAGCUGCAAGGCCCUUGGUAUUGCGCUGAAGCUGACGUUCAAGGGGGACAACCAGCUGCUGUUUGGGGAGACGUACGUGUGCAUAUCGGUGGUCAUCGUGUGCGUCAUGACCCAGAUGAACUACCUGAACAAGGCGCUUGACCUCUUCAACACCGCCAUCGUGUCCCCGGUGUACUACGUCAUGUUCACGCUGCUCACGAUACUGGCGUCCAUCAUCAUGUUUAGGGUAAGUGGCGGU